CAAAACCCCAACCUUUCCCUCGAAACCAAACCCACCUCUAAAAAAUGUCUCACCCUGCUCCACCAGUACUAGCUCCACCUCCCAACCCACCACUUAAACUUCCGCUGCUCUGGAUAUUAGCCACCUUGGUACCUUGCCUCAUCGCUGGAAGCGCAACCCUCUUCUCAGAUAGACACAUGAAACUGAUUCCGGGUUCGAGUGUCCUGGGUGCAAAACAUCUAAACUGCUAGAUUUCGUAGGAAAGUGUCGGGAAGCGGGAGUGAGGAAGUGAGUGUAUUACACGACAUGCAUAUGGUGAAGGGGGUUUGUGGGAAUAAGUUG